GGACGAACACGAUACAGAAGACUCUCGUCCGCACGUUGUAAAUUCUGGGUACGAUGCACCGUGGAGUGAAAAAAUACCCGUCCUCGUUUUCUUGCUAUUGCUCAACGUGGGCCCUCAUUUUUCGUCGAGCUGUAUUGCACCGCUCAAGACGGAUAUAAUUGAAAAUGUGCGUGAGCACGGUGAGGCAGUCACGCAUGCAAGGUAUGGUGUGCUUGCAUCUGCCGGCGCAUUGAUAAAUACUGUGCUUCCCAUUCUUUCUGGUGUGCUUGUGGACUAUUACAACCCUCCGAUUCUCUCGCUGCUAUGUACUGCGUUUAUCACUGCAGGCUACACAGUGCGCGCAUUUGGGGGACAACACGGCUCAUUCCCUUUGUUGUUAGCUGGUGAGAUUAUUGCCGGAAUGGGGUUUGUGACGCUGACCAACUGCAAGCUAAAGCUAUAUACAUUUUGGUUCCGUGGCACGAGGGAUGCAGGUCCCGGCAUGAUUAGUUUUAUUCUCGGUGCGGAUCUUGCAAUGGACCGCGUGUACAAUACAAUUGGGCGACAGGCAAGCGUUCUUUUAAAAAAUUGGACCGGCAAGUGGUACGCGGCGUUGUGGGUGGGCGCGAUGCUAUGUGUAGUAUCUUGUGGCGUCAAUAUCGUGUACGUGCUGCUCGAAUGUGCCCUUCCGCGCGCCAUGCUUCUUCAAACGGGUAGCCGCAUUGCACAAGAGGAGGCGCGGCACGAGGACGGCUAUCAAGACGAAAGUGUACUGCAAGGAUUCAAGUAUCAUUUGCGCGAGAUCCAGCGCAGUAUAAUGGGCCUACCCGCGGCCUUCUGGAUCAUGACCACCUCGCAAAUGCUGCAGUCGGGUGUGAUUGACGCAUACUCGUACAACUCAUCGGACUUAAUCAUUGCUACCCGGCAUGUAUCCAAGACUGUUGCGGGCUAUGUGAGUGGGUACGAACAUAUGGUGCCCAUUUUGCUGACCCCCGCCUGUGGCUAUGUGUUUGACAAGUUUGGGCGGCGAACGUUUUGGAUAUCCAUCACAGCCACGCUAUAUAUUAUUGCGUUUGUACUCCUUGCGUACACGAACGUCAAUGCACUGAUUCCAAUCUUGAUUUCCUCGCUCGCGCUUUCGAGCAACGAGCUGCCGUUCAGCUCGACGAUCCCACUUAUGGUGCACAAGCAGACGUCGGUCGGUACCGCGUUUGGUAUAUGGACAGCAUUUUACCAGGCGGGCAGCGUGAUUGUUAAUGUGGCAUCUGGUGCGCUCCAGGACAGGCGCCUUGCUCAUGAGGGCUCGCGCGAGCGUCAAUACACCGACAUGUUUUACUUUCUCAUCGCGGUCAAGUGUUUCGACGUUGUGCUGGGCUUCUUUUACCAUGCGCUAGACAAGCAUUGUUUUGGAGAAGUCAUGACACUGAACAACCAGCGCCGUAUUGACAAGGAGAGCAGCGAGACGCACGGUGAGCGCAACCAAGGACUACGCGGCCCGCAGUUUGGAUGGACCAUGUUUGGGAUAUCGUGCUAUGUCGUGCUAAUUUUUUGUGCGUACAGCAUGUUUGUAUUUUUCACCGUCCACACCUCGCCUGUGAUCUUCCUAUCUCUCCUGCAGAGCCUUGUCUCGCAGCACAUGCGCACUCUCAGCGGCCUGUGUCGUGAUCGGCUCCAUGGAUCUGCCGAUACCCCCCCAAACCAAGCAUCGUCACGGAUCUUGCUUGCGCUGCUGCUAUGCGCGAAUACCAUCUAUUGCCUGGACAACCAAACGACGCUGUUAUAUGGCCAAUAUGCGGUGCCCACCGCCCGAGAUAAAGGUGGGCUUGGCGGAACGCUGAACGACUACCUGUCCGCCGUGACUGUAUUCCAAAUUUUAGGUGCGCUGGCCAAUCUGGUGAUUGGCAAGUUUUCGGAUAUUUUUGGGCGCGGGCCAGCGUUCCUAUUCGUGAAUGUGUGCUACGUGCUGGCCUUUGCGCUCAUGGCGUGUGCACGCAACGCGCACGACUAUUUUUUAUCCAUGGCCUUGUAUGCGCUGGGAAACUCUGGUUUUACAGUUAUGACCUCAGUGUUGCUGGCAGAUCUUUUGUCGGCGAGAUCGCGCGCGUUUGGCAUCGCGGUGUUUUCUGCGCCGUUGCUUGCGCUUUUUGCUGUCGCGCCGAAACUGUAUGCCGUGGUGCUGCAAAAUAGUUGGCGGUGGGGCCCCGGAAUGUUUGCCGUGCUGAUACCCAUUGCGACAUUCCCCAUUGUGAUGCAGCUGCUUGGACGAGAACGAGCGAAAAAAUCCCACCUCCGGACCACGACGCAAGGGCUCUGGGCAAAGACGCGUGAAUUUCUUGCUGACGUGGAUGCAGCAGGGCUCUCGUUGGUAUGCAUCGGUCUUAUGCUCACGCUUCUUCCGCUUUACCAAGGGCACUGGCGCGCCAUGUCGACAUGGAUGCAACUCCUGUUUGGCCUAGGCGUGCUCUGCAUCGUGCCCUUGUACGAGCUGCACUAUGCACCAUGCCCGAUCCUGCGCCGGCAAUGGCUGCAUCUCGACGUGGUUCUUUCCAUGAUUAUCACCUUUACCAAAUUUGCUAGCUUUGGGAUUGGAUUGCAGUUUCUAUUUUCGUGGGUCCCCCUGGUGCUGGGCAUGGACGCUAAGCAGGACGGGUUCAUGUACUUUAUCAAUGCCAACAUGAUAUCUUUGACUGUGUUUGGCAUGCUUGCGGGUGCUUUGGCGUACAGGUACGAGCGAUUCAAGUGGCUCCUGGCCUUUGGUGCGCUCGUGCGGUUUCUGGGCUUUGUGUUCAUGUGCGUCUACAUUCACAAAGGCACGACACUUGGCCAAGGUUUGGUCUUGCAGUUUUUGCAAGGUCUGGGGGGUGGCAUCAUGGGCGUAUUUUUGCAGCUAAUUCCACAGCUCACGGUGCGGCGCGAAGACAUAGCCAUGGUCUCGUCCACCACGCUGCUUGUCGCGGGCGUCGGCGUCGGCGUCGGUGUCUCGAUCUACGGCGUGUUACUUUCUCUGUAUAUGCCCCUCUUCCUUCAUGCGCUCGUACCUACACUAUCCUCCAGUGCAAUGGAGGCCAUUGUCGCGAAUCCUGGAGGGAGUCUCAGUGGCGAUAGCCCGUACAGUCGCAGCAGCGAAAUGGCCGACGGCAUUGUGGCUGCAUUCACGGCUGCGGCAUGGUACCCCGUCAUGGUUGGUAGCGUACUUGCGUUUGUCGGAUUUGUGUGCUGCUUAUUCAUUGGCGACAACAAGCUUGCUGCAAACGAGUACAAAGCGGUGCAAACACACGAUCCAAUCGAGACAGAGUCGUACGAAAUGGAUCAGUCAUCGUUGUAG